AUGCCUUCAUCUGAUAGUUUAAAUGUUUUAUAUGGUGUCGUGUUUGUACACAAAGGAUAUUAUCGAUCAGGUGUGUUCAAGUUUCGAAUGUUUAUUCCAGAAUCAUAUCCAGACCAUCCUCCAGCAGUGACAUUUAUGACGGAUCUAUUCCAUCCUUUGGUUGAUCCUCAUGGCAAUGCUUCUUUAUCACAACAAUUUCCGACUUGGCGACCUCAUCAGGAUUAUCUAUUCCAUGUACUUCAUUAUAUCAAGAAUAUGUUCAAGAAAGAUGUAUUGGAAAAAUUAGUAGAUAAACAUUGUUAUAACAAGGAGGCUUAUCGAUUAUUCCGUAACGAUAGACCAGUAUUUAGCAAACUUUCUCAACAAUGCGCACAAUUAUCCAUCACUACAUCUCAUUUAUUCGAACACUUUCCCGAUAACAAUAUGAUCCGAUUCUCUCCUCUCAGUGAUCCUCAAUUUGACGAAUUGAAAUCGAUCAUUUUUAGAAGUACUACCUCAUUACCGGAAUCAAUACCUUAG